UUUAUCAAGUUAAUAUACAAACUAUAUUUCUUAAAGAUUUGCACGAGAUGUCGUCGUACAUUUCGCGUCUGCUCAAGUCUUCAUUCCCAUCCAAACGCCUCGUCUCGCAGCUGACCCCACGUGGCGAGGGAAAACUGGGUGCACUCCUGCGUCAAUUGGGAUUGCAGAAGAUGUUGGGCGUAUUCGGGAGUAAAGAGGGCACUGGACAACGUGGCAUAACCACAACAGCUGUGGUGGCCCAGAAGAUGUUGACCGAUGACAUGGAACUGGCCACGGGUCUAUUCAAGCGCGAGCUGAAGCUGCGUCAAGCAGGCAACGAAGAUCCAUGGACCAUGGCCAAGCCCUUGAAACGUGGCGCUGGCAGAGAGAAUGAUCCCACGGAAAUACCAUCAGCUUUCGAUGGUCGCCUUGUUGGUUGUCUUUGCCUUGGCGAUCGUGGUCCCAAGUGGAUGUGGCUGGAGAAAGGAGCUCCAAAACGCUGUGAAUGCGGACACUAUUACGUGCUUAAGAAAGCCGAUCCUAUUUAAUUUAAUUACACGACAAAUGGAGCGCUGUCCUUACACAACAUUAUACAGGGAUACUGAGAAACGUUACAUGAUAUUAUCAAAAAUUCGAUUUAAUACACUUGAAGCUUGCCGUGAACUAGUCAUUAAAUAAUAUACUAAUUUUCAGUAUAUACAUCUAAGUAA